UUCUUCUUCAUUGCCAUUAAUGGCGAAGCAUUCUUUCGCAUUCGCUUUCUCUCUCGUUCUCUGCAACUUCCUCUUUGCUGCCGAUGCUUUUAGUGCAUCGGGAUGGUAUCCCGCUCAUGCUACGUUCUACGGCGGUAGCGAUGCGUCGGGGACAAUGGGAGGAGCUUGUGGGUAUGGGAACUUGUACGACACGGGUUACGGGACAAGCACGGCAGCGCUGAGCACCGCGCUGUUCAACGACGGAGCAUCCUGCGGGCAGUGCAUCAAGAUCACGUGCGAUUACAAGACCGACCCCCGUUGGUGCGUCAAAGGGGCGUCGGUGACCGUAACAGCCACCAAUUUUUGCCCACCAAACUUCGCUCUCCCCAACAACAACGGCGGAUGGUGCAACCCUCCCCUUAAGCACUUCGACAUGGCUCAACCCGCUUGGGAAAAGAUCGGCAUUUACCGAGGCGGAAUCAUCCCCGUCCUCUACCAAAGAGUUCCUUGUGUAAAGAAAGGAGGGGUGAGGUUCACAGUGAACGGACGAGACUAUUUUGAGCUGGUUUUGAUAAGCAACGUGGGAGGAGCUGGAGACAUCCAAGCGGUGUCGAUCAAGGGCUCGAAAUCCAGCCAAUGGAUGGCGAUGUCGAGGAAUUGGGGCAUGAAUUGGCAGUCGAAUUCAUAUCUAAAUGGGCAAGCUCUGUCGUUCAAGGUGACAACCACGGACGGGCAGACACAAGUGUUCAACAACGUUGUCCCUUCGAGCUGGAGGUUUGGGCAAACGUUUGGGAGCCGUGUCCAAUUCAGCUGA